AACGCUUUCACCGGAAACAUCUUACCGAUAAAUCUAAGAAAUGGAUAUCCCAGACGAUAACAGCCAUGUAAUGUUACAGGGCUCGAACGACAACGACACACUCUUUGAACCGGAAGUUCAACGCGUCCAGCUCGUGGAUGACGCUCAUUACGAUAUGAGACAUGAGCGCCGUGGUGUAGCGGUGAUUUUCAGCCAUAAGAAGUUUUUACACCUUCCAGAACGUAAAGGCACCGACGAAGAUUGUGCCAAUUUACGACGCGUUCUGCUCGAGCUGCAGUUUGAAGUGCGAGUGUACAAGGAUUUGGAAAAAAGGCAAAUUAAAGAUGUACUCGACGAACUAUCAGAAGAGGAUCACAAGAACCGUGACUGUUUGCUAGUGGCAAUUAUGACUCAUGGUGAUGACGACAUGCUGCACGCAAAAGACGCUUCCUUUCACGUGGAUCGGCUGUGGGAGAAUUUCGUGGGCAACCGAUGUUCCUCGCUGUUGGGCAAACCGAAGCUGUUCUUCAUACAAGCCUGCCGUGGUGAUGGAUUAGAUGCAGGUGUUCAGCUUCAUCAACCCACAAGACCAAGUGCAAGUGCAACAGGAGCGACCGCACGAGAGUUACCUCAACCAGCGAUCGUGCCGGGACGAGCGAAGUCCCUGCAGUAUGCGAUUCCUUCGAUGGCUGAUUUACUUGUCAUGUACUCCACCUACAAGGGUCAUUACUCAUGGCGCAACCCCGUCAAGGGUUCCUGGUUUAUUGAGUCUCUCUGUGAGGAGCUGAGAGCGAACGGCAAUCGCAUGGAAUUGUUGCAACUUUUGACCGCUGUUUCCCGUAGGGUUGCCUUUGAAUUUCAAUCCAAUAACCCGGCUCAUACUGCUCAGAAGCAAAUGCCGUGCAUAGUGUCAAUGUUAACAAAAUUGGUGUAUUUUCCCAAAAAGUGAGCGUUAUCGGAUAUAGCAGUCAUUUUUUUCUUGGGAAGAACCAGCGAGAUAGUUGAUGCGUUUGGAUAGCGUGAAACAGAAGGUUUUUUAUUCAACCUUUAUGCUUGUGUUACAACCUUUUAACAUCAAUUUUAAUAAAGUACAAGUUGUUCUCGUCAAAAAA